AUGGAUGAUGAGGACGAUCGCCGUCUUCUGGAUAUUUUAGGGUAAAAAAAAAACUCAACAAAACAGGCCACUCAACAUCUAUCUUUGAGAUCUGCUUUUACAGUCCUUGAGUUUAAGUAGGCCAUAUCUUUGGCAUCAAAAACACAAGUAUGUGCAAAGGUGUUUUGGCCUGUAGUUGAAUUAAGAGAGAGAAUGAUAAGAUAUUUCUUGUGAACUAUAUUCUGCCCAGAUUCUAAUAAAAGUUGAGGUAUAUGCUAGCUAAAGUUACUUUUUAGUUUUAGAACUUUUUCAUGGAUCAGGAGCUUAAAAAAAAUCUCCUCUUCGCUCCUUCUAGAGAUGUGGAUGCAUUGAAUGACUAUCUCCAUGGCAGCAACAGCAAGUCUGUGAGUGACUCUUCAACAAUGUGUUCACAGUCAUUCCUUACAAAGUUGGUCUGAAUAGCUUCCAACUUCCUUUAGCGCAGCCCAAUUAUUCUCUGUCUGCUCUGUUUUGUUUCUGCAGAUUGAAGAGGAGGAUGUGAGAAAUGCAGCUUAUGGCUCGGAUGGAUCCCUCUUUGCCAGUGACACAGUGAGUUUAUCUGUCAGUAUACAGAGCCAACACAUAAUCAGGAGCUUGGCAGGUGACCUCAUCUUACAUUGAUGUAGGAUAAAAAGACAUUUAGCUGUAAAGGUAGACUUUGUGCAGAAGUAAACAAGUUGGGACUCUAAGUUGUUGUUUUUUUCCCUGGUGGUAAAAAGCAUCAUGGAUGUGUGAGAUGGUCCUACAGGGAGGUCUGUCUUGUAUGCAGCUCACAUGCAAACAGCUCUCCGGUUUCUGCUCAUUUUCUCUUUGCUUCAUUCAGACUGGCUCCAACUCUGGUCUCAAGGAUGGCUCCUCUUCAAUGGCUGAGUUUGGAGAGGAUUCAGCAGGGGCAGGACUCCAGCUUUCCAGCAGCCUCUCAUUUAUUGAGGAUGAAUUGGGACCGGAGACGUCUCCAGGAGGGGUGGACCUCGGGGGCGAGGACCAGCCCUUUGACAUCCUACAAAAAUCUCUCAUGGAGGCUGACAUCACAGAGCAGACUUUGGCCCAGGAGGCCUUACUGGACUCCCAGCCAGCUCCCACUCUAGUGCAAGCUCCUGUUCCCUUCCAGUCCCAGCUGGUUCCUGGGAGUUAUGGAGGGGGAGUGGGUGUGGUUACCACGGCGACCGCCGCAUUCCCUGCAGGCCAGUUCCUGCAAGGGGUGUCCCAGCUACCCAACGGCUCCGCCCAGCACAUCCAGGUGUUGGGCUCAUUUGGAGCAGGCGGUGGUGUGAUGACCUUGAGCAGCUUGGAAAGGACUCCUCAGAUUGUGUUGAGGCAGGGGGCGCCUGCAAGUGCAACAGGGACCACAACAAGUGGGCAGGUGUUUGCCCCAACCCAAGGGCAGGUAGGCCAAGUGGGCUUACCUUUCAAAAACAUCCCCCUCCAGAAUAUUAUCAUCCAGAGAGGCCCAGGAGGCACUCAGACUCUUGUCAGACCUAUCCAGCCCAAACCCCUCCAAGCUGGGGCCCAGACCAUCUACAGCCUGGGCCCCACCACCAUAGCUAAUGUAGUUAACGCUAACACUGCUACACCUGGGGGUCAGUACACAGCCAACGGCUCCAUAGUGGUGCAGCCGCCCAUGGAACAGCAACAGGGGCAGACAAACAUAACUCCUGGACAGUUUCUGCUGCCCAAUUCUUUGGCGCUCACUCCAGCCAGCACCAUCCACAACGGUCCUGCAGAUCCAAACUCAAACACCCUCAUAUCCAGUCAGAAUACGGUGCAGAUCAUCGCGGGGCAGAACUUCACCACUCAACCAGCAGGCCAGCUCAUUCUGAAUCAGGGGGUGGUUGGCGGGGGACAGGUUGGAGGGAAUGUGACCCAAACAUGGACAGGAGUUUCUUGCGCUAGCUCUGCCCCUGUGCAGACGACAUGCGCUCCAGGGCGGCUGACCCUGGUUGGUCCAGCAACUGCGGGGAUCGGAGGUCAAGGCCAAGUAUCUGCUAGUCCAGUUCAGCGCCUUCUGGUCACUCAGACACAGAAUUGCACUUCUCUGUCACCUUUACCUGGUACUGCUGAACAACAGGACUACAGACAGGUGUGAACACAAACCACUGCUGACAUUUCACUCACACUUACCUGCGCCUUUUCUGUCUUUGUGGGUCUGACUGGACUCUCAUUACAUUUCAGAACGCCUCAUCGCCUGCUCUCAAACAGGCUCAGAUCAGCAACAUCCAAGGUAACAAUUGCUCACAUCCGAUUUUUAACUUGAUCUUUGCACGUCUGAUCUGACUCACUUAAGAUGUUGUGUCGCUUGUACAACCUCUCUCAGGUGUUACAACCAUGGCCCAAGAUUCAACGCUCAACUCUCAGGUACUAGUCAUUUCUUCCCUCAUUUGUUUUGCACUCCUGAUGCAGUUUAUUCAAGGUUAAUAGUGAUUAUAUUAGUAAUGUUAUCAAGCGUUUAUCUUUGCAGGUCAGUGCUCAGAAGAGACCUGCCCUUCCAACGCUGACAAGAGCAGGAAUGUGAGUUUUUCUUUGUCUUCUUUCUUUAGUUUUUGCUCAUUUUCCUCAUGCUUAAUUGAUUUCCAUUCAGAAUCAUCUCUAGAACCACAUUAUUAACCCAAAAUAAGGGAAAAGGGGGUGCUUAAGUUGCUCCAACACACAAUGCAACCAAAAUAUAAGAUAAAAGACAACCUGUGAAAUAUGAAAAUUCAUAUAUGCACAACUAAGUGUUUUCAGUAUGAUACACAUCUGCUGUAUGAUGCAUUAAAGGAGCAUUUCCCCUUUUUUCCCUCCUCUGUAGGAUUUUACAGCAGUUGAGGAAGGACCACGCUGGAGUCCAGUCUUCAGACCGGCGCAGAUUCACUUCAGUGGAAGACGCCCUGCAGAGACUUCUUCCCUACCAUGUGUUCCAGGGGGCUCCACCCAGCAAGGAAGAGUUCUCCCAGGGUACAGCUCUACUCUAAAUCUGAGGAAGAAUCACAGAGUGUGAUACAUGUACACCUGAGGAAAUAACUCAGAAACUUGUCAUUGUGUUCACAGUGGAUGAAGAGUUCGAGGUGGUUGCAGCUCAGGUGUUGAUGAGGACCCAGUCCAUGGUGAACAAAUACAGGCGGCUGCUAAUGGUGGAGGCAGAGGUAGUUAAACUGUUGCACGCAUGCAGUGUUUCAGGUUACCACAUGAACAGGACUGACAGGCUGCCUCUCCUUUCCCUGCAGCGAUUCAGCCCCUCGUCAGAAAUGGUGAUGAUUGACAGGACCUUCAACCAAGAGGAACGCGGCAACCUGACGCAAGACAAACGGAUGGUACUGGUGGAUCCAGGUAAAGGAAGGAACCACGAAAUAUUGUUUUCUUUUACUGCGAACUUGGAAGUCGGCCAGAGAGGGAGGCAGGGGAAUUCACAGAGCAUGACAACACCUGCAGAUAAUGGUUACUCUAUAAAAGCAAAACUGAAACAUAACAUCGCCUAAUGGCAGCGUGACAGACGACAAGUGUUACUGGAAGCCAAAGGGUUCAAGUAUGGUUUCAUCUGUACAGGUGAUACAGUGUGAACGAGAAUGACAAGUUAGCCUGAGGACACACCUCGGCUUUGUUCACACUGCAAGUCAAGUCAGAUUUUUUAACCAUAUGUGACACAUACAUGAUUUUUUCAUGUCAGUGUGAACAGUGCAAUUCUGAUUUUUUCAAAUCCGACCCAGACCUCUUUUGUAUGGGGAAACAAAUCAGAUAUGUAUCCCAUGUGACUGCAGUGUGGACGCUCAGGUCCCGUUCAUCCGACCUAUACGUCAUCAAUAUUGGUCGACAACACAAACAGGCGCCGAAAGCGAUGGCGGACAAGGUAAUGGAGAACAGCCAGUUGUGCGCAUGCGGGUCACUUCACGGACGCAUUCCGUUCACAUUAGAUGCUGCAAAGAUCAGAUAUAACAAAAAGUCUUAAUGUGCAUCAUAAGGCUACGUUCACACUGCAGGUUAUGAUGCACAAUUCAGAUUUUUUGUUAAAUCCAAUCUUUCUGUGCGGUCGGUAACAUUACAACAACGAAUGCGGCAUCUAAUGUGAACGGAAUGCGUCCGUGAAGUGACCCGCAUGCGGACAACUGGCUGAUCUCCGUUCCCAAGUCCGCCGUUGCUUUCCGCGCCUGUUUUGGUGACGUUGAUGACGUAUAGGUCGGAUGAGCGCAACCUGAGCGUCCACGCUGCAGUCACAUCAGAUCUGAUUUAUAUCCACAUACAAGGGAGGCCUGGGUCUGAUUUGAAAAAAUCAGAAUUGCACUGUUCACACUUACAUGAAAAAAUCAGAUAUGUGUCACAUAUAAAAAAUCAGAAUUGACCUGCAGUGUGAACGUAGCCCUUGAUACUCUUCACGCCACUCUUUACACAUGAGCUAAAUCUUUGUUUUGGUGACGGCAGAGCUGUGUCCUCAAAGAUGAUGAGUGAGCGUCUUCUCUGCUCCUCACCAUAACAGACACACACGACACAAAACUGAUCGUGACUGAAAAAAAAAAAAAAACUCAGUGUGUCUUGUGGUGAUUCUUCGAAAAAGCGAGAACGCUGAAAACUUCUCGGUGGUCUACAACAGAAGCAGCACAUGUUGUGUGUGACGUGCGUCUGUGUUCCUGUCAGUGUGGGGACCUUUGGUUUGGUUUGCACCACACACCGCACUGUGUACCUGCGUCAAACUGAAAGUGCUGUACUAAAAACAGUUUGGGUGCGAACGCUAUCACCUUUACUCCCCUGUUCUCUUCACUUCCUGUUUUACAGACACCUUCAUGGAGGACUUCUGCUGUGGGAUCAAAUCCAAACUUUUCCAAGACCCCCUCCCCUCUCAGUCGUCGCCCAGCUGUAGUAGGAAUCAGUCAGACUUGGGCUCCUCAGAGCCGCCGUACAGGACAGACUCCCAGCCCGCAUAUGGAGACCCAGGAGGGGGCGGGGCUUCAGUCGCAGGUGCGGCAGACAGACUCCAGCCCUCCUCGCACUUAGACAACAAGCGACUCCUCGAACUGAAGAGAUCCCAGCAACACUACGGGCCGAGCAACGUCAGCAACAACAGCCUCACAGUUAACAGUUAUCCCCACGGCGGUAACCCCUCGCCUUUCGCAGCUACAGCGGGAGGGCAGACGCACUACCAGGGGUCCCACCAUGUGGUCACCCAGCCGCAGUACCCGCCUCAGCUCAGCUCGCCGGCUCCCCCCGACACAGACUCUGCUUUAGAGGCGGCGGUCAACAGCAUCCUGGAAUGUUAA